UCAAGGAAUAACUCCCUGCUGCCUCUCUCUCUCUUCCACCUCACUCCUUCUAUCCUCCUUGUCCUCCUCCUCUUCCUCCUCCGGCAUGCCGCUCUCCUCUCUCCCCUCUCCGCUCCCCGUUUUCAUCUCAACUUGAACUAUUCGUGCAUUUAAUUUUUAAUGAUACGUGUAGAGCUGGCUCAGUCCUGCUCUCCCUCUCUUCCUCUGUCUCUCUUCCUCUAUCUCUUUUCCUCUCUCUCUCUCUCUCUUCAUCACUCUCUCUACUCUCCCUCUCCCUCUCUCUCUACUCUCUGCUCCUCUCUUUGCCACCUGUUAGUCUCCCUCUCUUCUCCGCACUGGAAUCCCCUCUUUUUUUAUGAGGAGUUUCACACUUGCGCUAUCACUGAGACCUAUGACUGUGCGAAAAGGAAAACGCUUAGGCAUCUCCAUCCAGGAGCACAUGGCCAUCGACGUGUGCCCGGGCCCCAUCCGCCCCAUCCGUCAAAUCUCUGCUUACUUCCCUCGUCUCUCACCCACUUCUUCCUUCUCUGAGCCGCUCUCGCCCAAUCAGGUGGCAGCUCCCACCACACUCAGCCCUAGCACUGCAGGUCAAGGGGAAGGGGCAGUUGGAGGGGGAGGCGGCAAAGGGAGCAGCGGCCUGUUGUCACCGUUAUUAACAGGGGGGGCAGGUGGAGGGGGCUCACUGUCGGCCAUGAGCAGCAUGGACACCUCCAUUGAGAUCGACAGCUGUGACAGCGAUGAUAACACCUCCCUGGGAACAUUAGAGUUUGACCUACUGUAUGAGAAAGCCACCAGCUCCUUACACUGCACAGUCCUGAGAGCAAAGGGUCUGAAACCGAUGGAUUUCAACGGUUUGGCUGAUCCUUACAUCAAGCUGCAUCUUCUGCCAGGAGCUUGCAAGGCCAAUAAACUGAAAACCAAGACUGUUCGCAACACGCUGAACCCUGUGUGGAACGAGACACUCACUUACUGUGGAAUCACUGAGGAAGACAUGUAUCGCAAAACACUCCGGGUGUCCGUGUGCGACGAAGACAAGCUGACACAUAAUGAGUUCAUUGGGGAGUCGCGGGUGGCCCUACGCCGUGUGAAGCCUGACCAGACCAAACACUUUAACAUCUGUCUGGAGCAUCCGCCUCCUCUGGCAUCACCAACUGCGAUGAGCACAGCCCUGAGAGGAAUCUCCUGCUACCUGAGAGAGUGGGAGACAGAGCAGCAGAGAAGUCUAGAAGAGCGAGGCCGUUUGCUGCUCUGCCUGCAGUUCCUCCCUCCGGCCAGUGACAGCGAUGUGAAGGGCGAGGCCAAGGAGAGGACUCGUGGUGGGCUGUGUGUGGGUGUAAAACGCUGUGCCCACUUGGCAGCCAUGGAUGUCAACGGCUACUCAGACCCCUAUGUUAAAACGUAUCUCAAGCCAGAUGUUCACAAGAAGUCCAAGCACAAAACAGCGGUGAUAAAAAAGACUCUCAACCCAGAGUUUAAUGAGGAGUUCUUCUAUGAAAUCUCCUUCUCAGAGUUAGCCACCAAGACGCUGGAGGUCACGGUGUGGGACUACGACCUAGGAAAGUCCAAUGACUUCAUAGGGGGUGUGUCCUUAGGGUGUCACUCACAGGGAGAGACUCUGCAGCACUGGAUAGACUGUCUGAAGAACAAGGGCAAGAAGGUGGAGCGCUGGCACACGCUGACCAACGAGCUGCCUGGAUCCACACUGCAGGAAUGAACUGAGCCUCUUCCACUGCACUGACACUGGAGAGACUGCCUGAAGACUCGGGAUGGGAGACGUUUCAUCGCAUGCUCUGAGGAUUUUCUGCAUGUCUAUGAUGGAUUCAUAUCCUACUUACUUUGUGUCAUAAAUGAGUUAAUAAUUCAUAACAACAUACCCAAAGGGGUCACAUGCAGAGAUCAAUACUCUAAUCUCAGAUCUAAAUAGACCUGAUGCAAAUCUGGGAAACCAUCCCUACCACAAAGCUAUGAUUGUGAGAAUUUCCAUAAUCAUAUUCAUAGGGAUCUAUGUCCCUUUUAUGGAUUGUAUGUUAAUCUAAAUGCUCCUCUGCACUGCUCCAAACUGGUCAGAUCUCAAUAAAUGAGAAAAAUUGAAAUCGUUCAAGAAAGUAAAAUGAGGGAGAAAGUUGGAAUUAUUCUGCGCUUCGACUCUCAUGUCGUCUCUCAUGUCAGGUUUGCUCACUCUUAUUAAAUUUGGUCUGCUAUUUUUCAUUAACUGCUGACAUUAAACUCCACUAUUAUGACCAUCUGUUUCACAGCGCACAUACCUCUCCCUUGCAAUAAUGAUUUGCCUAAUGCUUCCGAAGAUUUCCAAGUGGUCUUAAUACUGCCAGACGUUUUUGUAUCUAUUGAUCUGAUUGCCAUUUGAUUGCCUGCAGACAGCACAACCUAAUAAGAUAAUUGGUUCUUCCAUGUUGAUGGUUUGUGUCAGUUAUUUGCAUGUUUGGUGUUGACGCAACAAACUUAAAUGACAAAUAUGUGCCAGACUCUGCUGCAGGAUGAAAUGUUCAUCAUUGUGUUGUUCCCAAUUCUCCUGAGGUGUGUUGCUCUGAUUAAUUAAAUUUAAACCAAGGGUAACAGUUUUUUUUUUUUCUAUGUUGUUCACAGUUGUUUGAUGUGUCAGCUCAAAUAUCAGUGUGUCAGUUUCUCGUUGACGACACGUUGAUGUUAACCUACUUUCGCUUCACAAUCCUUCGUUUGUGAGGAUGAGGAUGGUGGUGUAAUUAACAGAAAAGUUUCAGAGCAGUGGAGAGUUGUGCAUGGUCGUACUCUGUCAGACAGUAAAUAAAAUCAUCAGCCCUUGUUUGAUAUCUGAAUAACAAAUAUGAAUGGUGUGAAGAGCACAGUGUUGUCUGGUAGCUCUCCAUCUGCUGCUUUACUAUUGAUUGCAGGUUUUAUUUGUACUCGGUCUUGUGGUAAAAGAGGCAUGCUGAAAAUACCAGUGGUGUUUAUAUGUAAAUAUAUAUUGUGUUUCACUUGCUUUGGAUGUUUGUCUUUUGGAACAUAAACUGUGCAUGGUUGUUUCUUUCUUUUUCUUUUUUUUCUUUUUUUUUUUGCAUAAAACAUUCAUAUUGA